AUGUCUUCGGAUCCUUUCACAGAAGCAAUGAUUCAAUCUGAUGAUGAUCAGUACAGAAAUCCCUUUGAUAUUGACAUAAAUCCCGAAGGAGAAAUUGACGAAGAAAUCAUUGAAUCCAUUGGCAUUAAAACUAACUUUGAAUCAAGGAAUGAUAAAAUAGAAACUCCAGAUGAAGGUAUUAUUGAAAAUAUAAACACUGAUGAGAUCAAUGCCAGGAAGGCAUUCUUGUAUUUUAACGACUGCGAUAUCGAGAAACAAGGAGAAGAAUCAUUCUACAAUAAAGUAAAAAAAAUACAAAAUGAACUCUCAAGACUUAAAUUAGUUGUUUCAAAGGUAGAUUCCGAAGAUCAAGAUGACUCUAAAGAAGAAACUAAGCAAGAUUCUGAAUCUAAAAUUGAUAGUUCUAAAGUUUUAAAAGAAAUAGAUGCCAUGCAAACAAGGGUGAAUAAACUUAUCAAUCCAAAGCUCAGUAAGAAUUCACCUUCAGAAGACUCUAAACCUCUGUCUGAGCUUGUCAGCGCCUUGUCUCUGUCUGAUGGCUCUGACUCACACAACGUCGUCUACGAGCUCAUGUACAACUCCGACUGCAAGAACCUCAUGGUGGCUGCCAAAAUAUCCGAACUCAAGAAGCGGAUCAACGUCAUCCAGAAGUGUCUCUCUGGCUGGAGCGACAAAGACUCUUCGAAGUACAAAGACAUUUCAUUCAUGCUUUCAUUCACAGGCGACCAAGUCAAGUUCAUGAACAGGAAGGAAGUCCAGAGAAUCAACGACGCCAGUUUGUACCCGAGGACAGGCGAAGGCAGGAUGAGCGACGACUUGAAGUUCGACACUGAAGUUGUCAGCGAGCUGGUUGACGUUGUUGGAGAAGAUAAGGAUGAGUCAGACUUAGUAGAAAAAGAUAUUCACAAACUUGAGAGUCUUAAGAAUGUUCAUGAACAAAGUUCCGAAAUUUUUAAUAAAAUCCAAAAUCUCCAAAUGAGUCAAAAUCAUAUUUUAAAUAAUCUAACAGAAGACCAGAAGGCGCUAGGUUUCAUCAAAGAAAGUUUCGCAGAAAAUGUACAAAUCAUGAAAGAUAAUUUGAAGAACAUUAAAGAGAGGAUAGCAAAACUUAAAAAGUAGGAUUCAAUUUAAAUCAAA